CGCACACAGAGCAGAGAGCCGCCGCGCCGCGUCGUGCAGAGCCCCGCACCUCCCGCAGCUCACGCAGUCCGGACACACACUCUUAUUUUUCUUUCCGACUUCAGCUACAGUGUUAGCUAAGUUUGGAGAGGAGGAAUCCGCCGCCCGCGUCCUGUCUCCGGCUUGUUGUGGUCGAGUCGCUCCGGUGCUCGUCUCCCUCCAGCGAGGAAGCACAAACAGCCGCCGCAGCAGCCGCAGCUCGAGCAGCACCGAGCGGGUAGCGUGUGUCACCCGGACCCGUGCACCAUGGAGAACCCCGGAACCAGGACCACAUGCUGCGGAUCGAUGCGAGAUUUCUUCACUUCCGCCAAAUUCCUUAUUUACAUGGGCCACGCGCUGUCAACAUGGGGCGACCGAAUGUGGAACUUUGCCGUGGCCGUGUUCCUGGUUGAACUCUAUGGGAACAGCCUGCUGCUCACGGCCGUGUACGGGCUGGUGGUGGCCGGCUCCGUGCUGCUGCUGGGAGCCAUCAUCGGAGACUGGGUGGACAGAAACCCCAGACUCAAAGUGGCCCAGACCUCGCUGCUGGUCCAGAACAGUUGCGUCAUCCUGUGUGGGAUCCUCCUGAUGGUUGUUUUCCAGUUCAAAGAACAGCUCGUGAAUCUCUACAGCGGAUGGAUUCUGACGAUUUGCUACAUUCUGGUCAUCACCAUUGCCAACAUCGCCAACCUGGCCAGCACAGCGACCUCCAUCACCAUCCAGAGGGACUGGGUUGUGGUGGUGGCAGGUCAGGACAGCAGCAAUCUGGCAGACAUGAAUGCCACAGUGCGGAUUAUUGACCAGUUGACCAACAUCCUGGCUCCCAUGCUGGUGGGCCAGAUCAUGUCCUUUGGCUCCCAUUUCAUCGGCUGUGGCUUCAUCUCCGGCUGGAACCUGUGCUCCAUGUGUUUGGAGUACGCUCUGCUGUGGAGUGUCUACCAGAAGACACCGGCCCUGGCUGUGAAAGGAGGACAGAAAGAGCAGCAGCAGGAGCUGAAACAGCUCGGUCCCCAGAAAGAGCUAGAGAAUGGCCAGAGUCCUGAGGAGUCCUCCCAGCCGCUGAUGAAUGAAGCCUCAGUGGUGACCACGCCCGACUCGCCCAAGGAGCGCGGCUGCUGGUACCAGGUGUCCGAGCCCCUGCGCACCUUGAAGUUCGGCUGGGUGGCCUACUACAACCAGGACAUCUUCUUCGCCGGCAUGUCCCUGUCUUUCCUCUACAUGACGGUGCUGGGGUUCGACUGCAUCACCACGGGCUACGCCUACAUGCAGGGCCUCAACGGCUCGGUGCUCAGCCUGCUGAUGGGGGCCUCGGCCGUGUUCGGUAUCUGCGGCACCGUCGCCUUCACUUGGGUCCGCAAGAAAUGUGGCUUGAUCCGCACGGGCUUCAUCUCCGGCAUGGCUCAGCUCACCUGCCUCAUGAUGUGCGUCGCCUCCGUGUUCACUCCGGGGAGCCCCUUCGACCUCAGCGUCUCGCCCUUCGAGGACAUCUACACCCACUUGGUUGGAGAGAAGACCCUGCCCAGUUCUGACCUCGGCGGCAUCCACAUGGUCGUGAAUACCACUAUGGCUGCACCGACUGAGGAGGUUCCCCCUCUGCAGUCCUACAUAUCCGUCAGUCUGCUGUUUGCUGGCGUCAUUGCUGCUAGAGUUGGCCUGUGGUCCUUCGACCUGACAGUGACCCAGCUCAUCCAGGAGAACGUAGUGGAGUCGGAGCGAGGUGUGAUCAACGGCGUCCAGAACUCCAUGAACUACCUGUUAGACCUGCUGCACUUCAUCAUGGUGAUUCUGGCUCCGAACCAAGAGGCCUUCGGGCUGCUGGUCCUCAUAUCGGUGUCUUUUGUGGCCAUGGGUCACGCCAUGUACUUUAGGUUUGCCUUCAAGAGCAUGGGCACCCGCCUCUUCGUCUGCUUCUCGCCGGAGCAGAAAGUGGAGACGCCGGACAGCCUCUCACUUCCUACCACCGUCUAACCAGUCAACGAGACUCUGUCCUCGGUACAUGGCUCUCAAGCCUUUUCCCAGCCCUGCGUCUUAUUUAUCCAACUAACAGCGUAGCUUGUAGCUGGCGGAAUGCUAAUGCUAACAUAAACCAGAAAACAUGCAAUAAACCUUCCCUUGUUAUGCGUGGCCAUUAAUAAAGCAUUAAUCACUAGCUGGAGGACGUGAGUAGAGCUUACAGUCGUAGAAAGUAAUCCAUAGUAAGAAUCUUACAUAAGGGUUUCUCUAACUCUUUCAGUCUGAGAAUCAGAGGAGAGCCUCUAUCCGUCCAUGCUCACACGAGGAUCCAUCACGUCAGGGCUCGUGACCCCAUUUCUUUGGUCUUUUAGAGAAACCAGAAGAAGCAGUCUCCUCCUGACUGCCUGGAUCGAGGAUCACUGUUUGUAAACGGUGCUUCUGCUAACAAAAGGGCAACGGGAGGGAGAGACGCUGCAGGGAGGCAGGCGCUGAGGCCUGAGUGAAGGUGAAGGGCGGGGGGGUGUAGGUCUGAGGUCCUACACCCAGCACAUCCCUCAUUUUAAGCACUUGCCUUUCAGUUGCCUGUCAUUGGUGCUGUAGCUACAUCCGCUAGCUGUUCUCUGGUCGCCUCCUCGUGUCAGAUUACAUGAACAUGUAUGACGAGCGGGUCAAAGGCGUCUUUUUAUUUGACCAAACGCAAAACUGGGAUCCAGUCUCUCUAAUGCAUCGUGAUAAGGGUUAUGCAACGAGCUGUAUUUAUUCAGGAAAGGCAGUCGAUGUUUAUUUUUUAUUUUUAGGACUUGUAUCAUCAGUAUUGUGCCGUAAGAGACAAAUGAUAAAUCCUAUGCACCCUUGUCAAUAGUCAUCUCACUUACCAAAGUCAAGUCCACACGUGGCAUAAGAGGAAGUGAGGGAAACCCGUUAUCUGUCCGAAGCAUUCCAAAUAUAUCAGGUGACAGUAGUGUAGCUUCACUAAUGCUUCCAAUAACCCAAGAAUAUCUGAAUAUGACUAACCCACUCUUAAGAUUGUACUUAUACUGUUUGUGUCUUUCCUCUUCUUUACAUGAAUAGACUCAUGUUGUCACCUUUUGAUUGUUUAUGUUUUGUUUGUUCUCUGUGGUGAUUUCCCUUUUUUUUAAUCAUGAUUGUUGUUACACAGGCACUUUACGUGAUUGACAUCUGUCAUUACACCCAAUGCGUGAUCAGGUAUUUGAUCAAUGUUUUUGCACAAGGCUGAGGUCCUGACACCCCCCCCCCCCUUCCCCCCCUGUACGAUCAUAUUUCAACCAAUCAUAGCCGUCCUCUCAGUUUGUUCAGGUGCUGUGAGGAGACCUGUGAACCACAAAGUUCAUGAGGAGAAGCUGGACCAGCUCCUGUGGAAAAGUCUGAAUAGACUUCCUCUAAAAGUCAGAGCACAGCCGGGGAGGGGGGGGUUCACUCUCAUGUCUCCGAGCUUCAGCAGCGAAGGAGACAUUCUUACCAAAGUCAAAGUUCUGUCUUCUGUGGACUUCUUUGGCUUGGCAGCACAGAAAUCGUUUGUUUGCCUGCUACUCUUCCUGUGAAGUGAUUUAACUAAACGAACGUUGUCUUGUCCCCAAAGCAGUUUCAAAUCCCAGACACUGGGAAUGUAGCUUCUCUCUAAUCGAUGUAUGUAUAACCUCCUUCCCGCCUUCAGUAACUUUUCUGACGCCUUACUCUAAGCCAGCAUUGACCGCUGUUAAACGCACACAUGUGAUACAUCGAGGAUUAGUAGCCGCACCACACCCAGGUAUAGAAGAGUGGCCAGUUUCUGGGAAAUGGCGGGGGUAAACAUUUGGGUUGGACACAGCGGUUGUGGCAACAGGUGUCGGAAACAGAGGGUUUCUUUCUUGCUGCUUAUUCUCAUGAAACCUGGUCAAAGAAAGUGGUGCUGAGUCGGGUGGGCCACGAGCCGAGGACCCACCGGCUGCAGAGCUUCAUUUCCAUGUCCCACCCGGGUUCAGUGUAACCUCCAACUCAGGCUGGGCAGUCUACUGAUUCAGGAAUAUAACACAAUACAUUUUAAUGUAAAUAAAUGUCAGUUAGUUUAAACUUGCAUAAGUAUACAAUUGUAAAAUGUACAAAAAAAAAACUUUGUGUAUACUGUGUUGUGCUGUUUGUCUGAAAACUUGUUUUUUUUUACAUGUUUUAUAUACCUAGUGUUAACAUUGCAUGUUAAAUUUAAGUUUCUUAAAGAUUUUUCAAAUUUUUGUACAAAGCAACUACUGCAUAUCAUCUGUAACACAUACACACACAUACACAGACACACAAACACACACAGCAGUGUUAUCGUUCUAUAGGCAGAAACAUUCAAUCAUAAAUGGAAUAAAAUUGAUUUGUACGUAAUAGUUGCACUCCACUCCAUAUGAGGGCGUUGGCACUGUUUGUAUUGCAUGAAGUCUUUUGAAUAAAGAAAUUCUUUACAAUCA